AUGACUCGCUCUCAGGUUCCUGUGCCUUCGCCUGCUACUUUGAAGCGGUUCCCUCAUAUUCACGAUGACCCUUCCAACCUCUCCCAUGCUCUAGACCCCUUUACCAUUACCACCUCUACUGGAUUCCUUCCUUACCAGACCGCCCCCACUCAUCUGCCAGAUGUCUUCAAGCCACUUGAGUCCCUCGUUGAACGGCUCCCUGUUGUCAAGCUUGACGGUACUCCCGGUCUCCUGGCUACCUACGAACUGGGUCCUGCCACUGAGAAGGAGCUCCCAGACUUGACUGACGAGGUUGAGAAGCUCAAGCUGCCCAACGGAGACUGGGAUAAGUUCACUAUUGCUGCAAUCUUCCGGGAUUAUACUUUCCUGGCUUCUUCCUACCUUCUUGAACCGUGUUGGGAAAACUGGUGUAAGAAUCCUGAUCAGGGGUAUGGUCUUGGUCGAGAAGUCUUGCCCAAGUCUGUUUCUCGUCCAAUGUAUCGAUGUGCUCAGAUCUUGGACCUUCCGCCAUUCAUGUCCUAUGCCGCCUCGUAUGCCCUGUUCAAUUACACUCUUGCAGAUCACUCCAAGGGCUUGGAAGACUACUCAAACCUCCGCCUCGUGCGCGCCUUUGAGCGAGGCUUGGACCCAAAGAGCUCUGAGGCUGGCUUCAUUCUGACCCACGUGGACAUGGUCAAGGAGACAGGUUCCCUCAUUGCAGGUGCUCUGAAGGUCAUCGAUACUCUUGAACAGAACGGCGAUCGCUCAGACAUCAACGAUGGCUAUCGCGAGAUUCUUCGGACCAUGGAAAAGAUCGAGGCAUCCAUGGAAGAUAUGUGGGCUAAUUCCAAACCCGCCGAGUACCUCUCCUUCCGUGUGUUCAUUUUCGGAAUCACCAACCAGUCCAUGUUUCCGAACGGCGUCAUUUACGACGGCGUUGAGAAUAACCAGCCUCUCUCUUUCCGCGGUGAGAGUGGCGCCAAUGAUAGCAUCAUUCCCCUUCUGGACCAUCUCUGUCAAAUUCCUAUGCCUUCAACGCCCCUGACCAAGAUCCUGCAUGAAUUCCGCGCCUACCGCCCCCUCCCCCAUCGCGAAUUCCUCACAUAUGUGCGCGAGAAGUCCGAGGAGAUUGGCGUGCAAAAUUACUCUGUGCAAGACUCCGAGACAGCCGUUCUAUUCCUUCGAGUGCUCAACCACGUGCGCAGCUUCCGCUGGCGUCACUGGCUAUUUGCCCGUGAAUACAUUAUUCGUCGGACUCCUCACCCCACAGCAACUGGCGGCAGUCCUAUCGUCACAUGGCUUCCAAACCAGCUGUCUGCUGUUAUGGAGUUGAUGAUUUCAAUCUAUGAGACUUAUCUUGCGCCAAAAGAGGGUGUUACCAGCGUCAACGGUGAAGGGGAUCGGAUCGCUUCUCACCGUAAGCAAGUUGAGCCUAUAAUGGAGCUGGUUCGCGAUCAAAAGGAGAAACUGGCCAAGGAGGUGGAGAAGUGGUGUAAGGAGCGUGGUGUUUAG